AUGAACGCCUCGGUGCGCUCCGGCAAGCCCACCAUCAUCGUGCCGUGCGUGUUCGACCAGUUUAUGCAUGCCGAGCGCGUCAACCAGCUGGGUAUUGGAAUCUGGGGCAUUGCUGGAAAAAUGUUCAUGUUGCAGCGGAAUACGACGGAAACACCGAACAAGAAGAUCCCUUUCCUAUGGUUCGUAUAUGGAGUGGGUAUGAAGCAUAUCAGCAAGGAGACCCCUACAUCAAUCGCUGCCGCGAUCACCAAAUGUGUCGAGUCAGAGACUAUCCGGGCGAAAGCAGAGGAAGUGGGCGCAGCCUUCCGCCAGGAGGAGCAGGAAGCCAAACCAAAGCUUGUGCAGUUUGUUCAUGAUUACUUCCGUGACUAUGUGGAUGGCGGCCUGUACAAGGACAUGGUGCGAGAGCUGCGCGAAAAGAGGGAGCGCAAAUGCUGCUUCAGUUGCUGCUCUAAAAAGGCUUAG